AUGCCUUUGUCCCCAAUACGCUACAACUUUUUAUACGGCCACUGCGAUAACAUCAAUACUCUCGUGGAAAUGCACGCUUACCUCAUUGUUCAGGGCCUCGCUCGAGAUCUUUCAUGCAGCACCAAAUUAGUUCGUUUGUAUGGUUCUUUUGGCCGUGUUGACUCUGCGCGCUUGGUGUUUGAUACAAUACCUAACCCGGAUUUUCUUUCGUGGAAAGUGAUGAUCAGAUGGUAUUUUUUGAAUGAUGUAUUUCGAGAGAUUAUUGGGUUUUAUAAUUGUAUGAGAAUGUCCUUAAAAGAGUGUGACAAUGUUGUUUUCUCCCAAGUUUUAAAGGCGUGUAGCGAAUCUCGAAAUAUCGACGAAGGAAGGAAAGUACACUGUCACAUUGUCAAGUUAGGGAAUCCUGAUAGUUUUGUGUCAACUGGUCUUGUGGAUAUGUAUGCGAAGUGUGGGGAAAUUGAGUGUUCUCGCGCCAUGUUUGAUGAAAAUCUUGAUAGGAAUGUGGUUUCUUGGAGCUCCAUGAUUGCUGGCUAUGUACAGAAUAAUUGUGCUGAAGAAGGGUUAGUCUUGUUUAAUAGAAUGAGAGAGGAGUCGAUUGAGGCUAAUCAAAUUACACUAGGGAGCUUAGUUAAUGCGUGUAAAAAGUUAGCAGCUUUGCAUCAAGGGAAGUGGCUUCAUGGAUACUUGAUUAAAUGUGGUAUUGAACUUGGUUCUUACUUGGUGACAGCUCUUCUAGACAUGUAUGCAAAGUGUGGAGUCAUUAGAGAUGCUAGGUCUGUGUUUGAUGAGCUGCAUGAUAUUGAUCUUGUCUCGUGGACAGCUAUGAUUGUUGGGUACACUCAGAACGGAUGUCCUGAGGAGGCUUUGAAGUUGUAUUUGCGUAAGGAAUGGGCUUGUUUCUUGCCUAAUGAUGUUACCAUUUCAAGUGUGUUUUCAGCAUGUUCACAGCUGCUUAAUUUGAAUCUAGGACGGUCAGUUCAUGGUCUGAGUAUUAAGCUUGGGUUAUGGGAGCCUAUUGUCACAAACUCUUUGGUGGAUUUUUAUGCCAAAUGCCAAAUGAAUAGAGAGGCUCUUUAUAUAUUUGAGACAGUUUCAGAUAGGGAUGUGGUUGCCUGGAAUUCCAUUAUUUCUGCGUUUUCUCAGAACGGUUCUGCAUAUGAAGCUCUUGAAUUGUUUCACCAAAUGAGGAUGGGAUCUGUCUUGCCUGAUUCAGUCACCCUAGUUAGUGUCUUGUCAGCUUGUGCUACUCUCAGUGCUCUCCAAGUUGGUUCUUCUGUUCAUGCUUACACAGUAAAGAGCGGUAUAUUGUCCUCUAAUGUCUAUGCUGGCACUGCACUUUUGACCUUUUAUGCCAAAUGUGGGAAUGCUGAAUCUGCUCGUGUUAUUUUUGACAAUAUGGACAAGAAGACCACUAUCACAUGGAGUGCAAUGAUUAGUGGCUAUGGAAUUCAAGGCGAUGGUCGUGGAUCCCUUUCAGUUUUCGGUGAUAUGUUGAAGGCAGACUUGAAACCCAAUGAAGAGAUCUUCACAUCCAUUUUAUCUGCAUGUAGCCGUACAGGGAUGGUUGGGGAGGGGUGGAGGCUUUUCAGUACAAUAUGUCAGGACUACAACUUAGUGCCUUCAAAGAAGCACUAUACAUGUAUGGUUGACCUAUUGGCUCGUGCUGGCAGGCUUGAGGAAGCCUUGGACUUCAUUCAGAAAAUGCCGGUUCAACCAGAUGUUAGCUUGUUUGGUGCAUUCCUCCAUGGAUGUGGACUACAUUCAAGGUUUGAUCUUGGAGAGGUGGCAUUCAGGUGGAUGCUAGAUCUCCAUCCUGGUGAAGCUUGUUACUAUGUGCUAAUGUGCAAUCUGUAUGCUUCAGAUGGAAGAUGGAGUCAGGUUAAGCAGGUAAGAGAGUUGAUGAAACAGAGAGGACUGAUGAAAACUCCUGGUUGUAGCCUGAUGGAGAUGGAUGUUGAUCCUGGUUUCUCCCUUUCUAGAGUUUCUUCUCUUGCAUAG